AUGCGGAAACUGGGGGAAGAUAAUAGCAAUUUUGUACGAGAAAAGCUCGACCCGCUACUCACAUGGCCGGAUAAGGAUUCGUCAAAUCCGAAGGGUUUCUACGAAGAUAAACCACCCUUCGACCGCACAGUUGAGUGGUUUGGAAAGGUCAUGGGCUUUGAUAAAUAUCAGACUCCAUACACUUUCACCGACUCUUGGGACAAAGUGGAAAUAAUGGCUACAUUUCUUGUCCCCAAAGACCUACAACCCGGCGAUAACUGUCCAAUUAUGUGGUACUUUCAUGGGGGAGGGUUUGUGACUGACACAAGAAAGUGUACUGGUGCUGGCGACCAUGUUCCGUGGUACUCAAAGGCUAGCCUCGAACAUGCCAAAAGACACAAGGCAAUCGUCAUUGCUCCAGAUUAUCCCCUUGGACCGGAAGCGCAUUACAAGACCAUCGCCGACUCAGUUCGUGACUUCUUAAGAUUCUAUAAAGAAGACGGGUGUUUCGAAGCAGGAGAGGAUCACUGGACGCAGUGGCUAGCCAAAGCGAUCGACAAGGAAGAUGUCACGAUUAACAGAGAGAAAGUCUUCAUCGAGGGCGAGAGCGCUGGUGCGCACGCAGCCGUGACUGCUAUGUUUCUCAAUGCCGACAAAGGGGAUGGGGCUAAGCUAAAUAUCAACGCCGCACUACUGCGAUACCCCAUGAUUGCGCAUUAUGAAAGGUCUUUCCCAAGCAGGUCAAAGACUCUUAGCUAUAUGGGCCAUAAUGUUUUCGAAGCAGAUGCGAUUCAUCAAGCGUCAGCGAUAGUAGCCGAAAUCGAAGUCCUCCAAAAACUGGGGCUUGUUCCAACUCGUGCUAGAGGUUACGCUCCAGAAUAUAUGGCACCCGCCUUCCUAUUAUCGACCACUGGCUUCUGGAAGUAUUUGUUCCAGCGCCGGCACCAAUGUUCGUCAGGGCUUCCUUCCGAUGAGCGUGACUAUAUGGACUGCCUGGAACGUGCGGAAAAGUGUUCCACGACAGUAGAGAGCAGGCAUCUUCCGCCUAUCGUCAUGUAUCACGGUCACGAUGAUCUCAAUUGUCCAUACCAUAAUACGGAGAAGUUCAAACAACUUCUCAUGAAGUACUACCCUGAACAAUAUGUGGAAAAUGAAACAGUUUUUCUUGAACCAGUGACCUUUCUCAAUGAAAAGGCUGGACUCGAGGGGAAUUACUCCCCGGAAGUAGGACAUGGGUUUGACUAUGCACUACGCGGAGAUCGUGAGCCUUUCCUGAAACGAGCUUAUGAGAGGGUUGAUAGGUUUUGGCCUGAAUGCAAAUAGCGUGUCGGUACACUGCUUUGUUUCUUGGUGGGAGGAUGCAGAUCUUUGAAUGAUUUGAGUGCGUACUCAUACUUCCAC